AGAGGCUUCGCCGCGCGAGCACACGGUGUCCGGACGAGUCGGCGCUUCGGUGGUGGUCAGCUCCCGCCUCUCUCAGCCCAGCGGCCGGUCACACGGCGGCAUCACCGUCAAGAUCGACGUGCCAGUGGUAAUGUGCGUGCGCGCCCUAGCCGGCGACGAGGCGGCCGCCGGCUCCUCGGGCCGGCCGGACGAGACGGCGCCGUCGCCGCCGGACAGCGGCCGGAAGCAGCGCCUGAGCCGCGCCAAGGAGAAGUACAUGCGGCUGCACGAGCAGAUGCAGGAGCGCGAGCAGCGCGAGACCCGCCGCCGGGAGCUGCGCGAGGAGCGCGCCGCCGGCUGGACGGCGCGCGCCGCCAGGAUCUGCAGGACCGGCCUCGCCGCGCUGGCCCAGCGCGCCGCCAAGUGGCAGGAGUCCAAGGUCUACAAAGUUCUGUUCUGCACGACGCAGCCGGCGCACGUGAUCACGAUCGCGGCGGCGCUGUGCGUCACCUCGGCCCUGCUGCCCAACUCGGCGUCGAGCGCGGCGUCGCCGGCCGGCCAGCGCUCGGGCCUCGCCUCCUUCGUCUACCUGGCCUCCUUCGUCAUGCACAUCGGCUCGCAGGUCUGGAUGACCUUCGUUUCCGGUUUAUCCUUGUAUUUCGCCCUGCCGCGCCACACGUUCGGCGAGGUGCAGCGAGUGCUGUUUCCGCGCUACUUCACCCUCAACGCCUGCCUCAGCCUCACCACCUUGCUCAUCUACGUGAAGCACCACCCGACGGCCAGCUGGGACGCCGAGAUCGCCACGCAGGUGGCGGGCAUGGGCGGCGCCUUCUUCCUCGAGCUGCUGAUCCGCCUGUACCUGACGCCGCCGCUGCUGCGGCUCAUCGACCAGAAGACGAGCAUCGAGCGCGCGGCCGGCGUGGGCGCCGAGGUCGGCACGCACGAGCCCGGCCCGCUCAAGCACUGCCCGCACUACCUGAGCAUCCACCAGACCUUCCGGCGCAUCCACGUGGCCAUCGCCAUGGGCAACAUGCUCACGAUGGCCUGCACGGUGCUCCACCUGCACCACGUCGCCGGCGAGCCUGAGAAGUGGGGUAUGCUGAGGGUCUUCAUAAAUGAUAGUGGAGUGCUCAAGGUGACGCAAAUCGAACAUGCGUACCGAACCAUCGGCACCCACAGACGCGAACAUAUCUCGACCACCGCCCGCUCGGCUGAAUGCUAUGUCGUAAACUUCUUUGUCGUGCGCGAUAAGCUGCAAAUGUUAUCAUUUUAA